GAAGAAGCUUAUGAUCUUGAGAACCCUACAAUGGCAGAGGUUAAUUACAUGGGUGAACCUUAUGGAAACACCUAUAACUUAUCAUGGAGAAAUCAUCCAAAUUUCUCAUGGAAGGAUCAACAAAAGCCUCAACAAGGCUUUAACAAUGGUGGACGCAAUAGGCUGAGCAAUAGCAAGCCUUAUCCAUCAUCUUCUCAGCAACAGCCAGAGAAUUCUGAACAAAACACUUCUAAUUUAGCCAAUCUAGUCUCUGAUCUGUCAAAGGCCACUUUCAGUUUCAUGAGUGAAACAAGAUCCUCCAUCAGAAAUCUGGAGGCACAAGUGGGCCAACUGAGUAAGAAAGUCAUUGAAACUCCUCCCAAUAUUCUCCCAAGCAACACAGAAGAGAAUCCAAAAAGAGAGUGCAAGGCCAUUGAUGUGAUCAAUGUGGCCGAAUGCACAAGGGAGGAGGAGGACGAAAAUCCUAGUGAGGAGGACGAAAAUCCUAGUCCUUCAAGCAAGAAGGAGUUUCCUAUUAAGGAUCCAAAGGAAUCUGAGGCUCAUACAGAAACCAUAGAGAUUCCAUUAAAUCUCCUUCCGCCAUUCAUGAGCUCUGAAGACUAUUCGUCCUCUGAAGAGGAUGAAGAUGUAACUGGAGAGCAAAUUACUCAAUAUUUAGGAGCUAUCAUGAAGCUGAACGCCAAGUUAUUUGGUAAUGAGACUUGGAAAAGUGAACCUCCCUUGCUCAUUAGUGAACUAGAUACUUGGAUUCAGAAAAUUUUACCUCAAAAGAGACAAGAUCCUGACAAGUUCUUAAUACCUUGUACCAUAGGCACCAUGACCUUUGAAAAAGCUCUAUGUGAUCUGGGGUCAGGGAUAAAUCUUAUGCCACUCUCUGUAAUGGAGAAGUUGGGGAUCAUUGAGGUACAACCUGCAUUGUUCUCAUUACAAUUAGCAGACAAGUCAUUGAGACAAGCUUAUGGAAUAGUGGAGGACGUGUUAGUAAAGGUUGAAGGCCUUUACAUAUUUCAUAAUCUUAGACACUAGGAAGGAAGAGGAUGAUUGCAUCAUCCUUGGAAGACCUUUCCUAGCCACAGCAGGAGCUGUGAUAGAUGUCAACAGAGGUGAAUUAGUCCUUCAAUUGAAUGGGGAAUACCUUGUGUUUAAGGCACAUGGCCAUCCCUCUGUGACAAAAGAGAGCAAGCAUGAAGAGCUUCUCUCAGUUCAGAGUCAAGAAGAGGCCCACAGUCAAACUCUAAGUUUGGUAUUGGGAGGCCACA